UUUGCUCUGCUCCAAUCGUCCCAUUGUCUCAAAUCCUUAGAUUGGACCAUCCCAAAUCUCCGCACUCUAUUUCCGUUUCCCGCUGCAACCCCCUGUAUAUUUUUAAAAAGUGCUUCAAUUUCCCCAAUUUCCUGCGCUUAAAUUUCCUUUGCUCCCUCUCGCCCCCUCUCCCUCCCUCCCCUUCCCCGAUCUACCCACAAGCAUUGCCGCGAUGGGUGACCGCGAUUCUCCGGAGCCUCCGUCCCCGUCCCGCCCGGGACUGGGUGCUUUGAUCGCGGACAAGAGUUUCCUGACCUCUCGGAAGGGGCUGCUGUUGGCCGCGGAGGUGGUACUGUCCUUCAUCAUCUUCAUUUGCUACCUGGCAUCAUCCAUUGUCUACCUCAUCACCGCGCCGCUGAUCGAGUUCCUGCUGGCCAUUUGCGCCUACUACGUGUACGUGACAAAGUUCGUCGAGCGGUUCAGGGGCUUCCACUGCCCACUGAUCGAUUUCAUCCGAUGUAUCACCGCCGCAGUCAUUUUCUUUGCGAUCUCCAUUUACGCCGUUACAAAAAGCAACUCAGCAUCAAAAGCGGCUGGGAUCUUUGGUUUCAUUGCGACGGUUGUCUUCGCCUUUGACUUCUACGGCAUCUUCAACCAACUGAUACUCUUCAUCAACCCCCAGGACCUUCCCACCCACACUGCCACCAUCAAGAAAUCCACAGGAGAAGAUGUUGUACCGUCAGACUCUGACAGUGAUUGAACUGCCAUGCCGCAGGCAAGGAUCUUACCUCAUCUUCCCCUGCUCAUUGCUCACCUGCGCCAGACCUGUGUAAUGUUUACAACAUACCACGCUUGUGUACGAACCCUCCGCAGCCCCAUCCACGUGUCUUUGGAUGGUGAAUGGUGGAGAAUGAGAAAGAUCCCUGCCCUGAUAACGGGUCAGAGAUUUAGCCAUGUGAUCCCUGGAGCUGUGUGUCAUUCCCAUGGGAUCUUCCUACCCGACUCACUCUGCUUAAUAAUCCCAGCACCCCAAGUUGUUCUAACUCCUGAUGCAGAGUCUCGGCCUGAAACGUCGACAAUUCCUUUCCCCCCACAGAUGCUGCUCGACCCGCUGAGUUCCUCCAGCAGAUUGUGUGUUGCUUCAGAUUCCAGCAUCUGCCGGCUCCUGUGUCUCCUCGUUCUAACUUUUUCUCCACUUCCAAUCUUGUUUUGCAAUUGUCUCCACCAACAGAAACCAGAUCAUCCCUUUGAGUUCAGAUGAAGCACUCAGAAUUAAAGUCUUGUCCUGUUCCACUCUGGUACUGGGUCCCUGUAACUCUCUGCUGAUCUAACUCUCUGGAUCAAUGAAUCCACAGACAAAGUGUACAAUAAAACAAAAUGUUAACUGUGAA